AUGAAGAUAUCCAUCGUUUUGGUCUUAAUUUCGAUUUUUAAUAACUGUAACUGUUUAUUAUUACGAGUGAACGAAUUUGGACUUCACGAAGUUGCUAACUUUACAAGACAAUGGCUUUCCAUGGCAGGACCUCAUUUGAAACUGCCCGAGAUUCGGCAAUCAUUUUAUAAUUCCUUUGCUGGAGGCGAAAUGUCUGUACAGAACAUAACUGUCAAAAGAUUUGUGCCUCCCCUUAUACGGUUUCGCCCUUCCGACCACUCUUUUCUCUAUAUGUCAACGUUAAGUGGUUACGCUCAGGUCGAUGCUCAAUGGGAAGUCGAGUCACAAUUUCUUUCAUUGUUGAAAAUUCCUCUUCGAGGUCUUGUGCAUGCACAAAUGACCGGGCUUAUUUCGGAAAUUGCCAUGCAGAUAACUCAAGAUAACGAGGUUGAGGUUCAUCAUUGUGUUGCCCAAAUCAGGGAUUUAAGAGUUGCAUUUGAUGGAAGCAUGGCUGCUGAUCUUCUCCACUGGUUUAGGCAGAGUGUCACUAGAUCAAUUAGACGAAAUUUGGAAGAAGAAUAUUGCGAAAUGAUGCGCAAUCAUUGGUUGCCAUGGGUUGAAGCUCAGCUAUAUCAAUUCCCAACGAACCUUACAAUUAGUCAUAAACCUGAAGUCACCCUUAUGCAAACUAUGCAAUCCAUCGCAAUGACACAGCACCAUUUGGACGUUCGUAUGAGAAGUGACCUAAUUUGGGAUGACGAGUUUGUCGAGAGCGGAAUUGUUGAGAACUCUACCAUGGCUAUUAUCGACAGUUUACCGAGAUCUACAAGAAUGAUUGAUAUGUUCAUUGAUGAACAUACUGUUCAAAGUAUCAUUGCUGCAGCUCACUUUUCACAUCACUUGAAGACUAAAAUCGAGUCUCCGUUUUUGAGAACUAAUUGUGAUGUAUUGUGUAUCGGCACUGUGCUACCGGAAAUCGCGGAAAUCAUGCCUAAUAGGACGUUGCAUGUCGAAGCAGCAACUCUCUCACCACCCAUCAUUUCACUGCAGCAGGGACGAGCACAAGUGUAUCUCAAUGCUUCCCUGAAUAUUUUCCCAACACCACCAUUAGACAAAAUUGAAGGAAGUAUGCUCACAAUCAACGUAGAAACGGAAUUCAGUUUGACAAUGGAAAUCAGAAAUAAACGAGUUAAGGGAUAUAUAAAUAUGGUUACUGCGCAAGCUAAUUUGGUUGAUAGCAAAGUUGGAUUGAUGUCUCAAAAGACUGUUGAUUUCCUUGUAAACAUGUCAACACCAUUUUUGGAAGAUGCUGUUGAUGUGCUAAUUGGUAAAGGAAUGAUUAUCGCCGACCCAUUCCAGUUCCCAUCGAAUAACGAGCAUCUUAGCAUUCACGAAAAAUGCCUUCGAUGGGAAGCCGACAUUGUGAUGCCGGCCGUGGUGGCGCACACAAAUCUCUACUAG